UGGCAAGUUGCUACCUACAUAUGCAUUGUAUAUACAAUCGAAAUAUACGGUGAGUUGAAAAAGUCAUUAUCGCAGCAAUCGAGAGCAGAAACAUCAACGAUUAUGUAUACAUAGGGGAUUUAAAAGGCGUUUAAGGGUCGCAAUGGCUUAAAUCGUAAAAUGAAGGCUGCUAUGCAUGUGGACGAUGAAACGCUCACUUCACAGCUCGGACAUCCAAGCAUGCCAGGCAUGGGACCGCCACCUCAUCACCAGACUCUUAAUCUUAGCGAUAAGCAGCGUGCCGAAAUGCUUGACAUUCCAAUGAAGAAAGCGAAAGGCCUCGAUGAGACAUCUGCUUAUCAGCUAGAAUACCAGCGCUAUCAAUCCCUAAUGUAUGCGCACUGCGCGCAGCAACAACGCGUCGGUUCAAUGUCUGCGUUCCGACCGUGGGCGCCAAAAUCCUUCCUGCAUCCAGCUGCAACAUACAAUGCAGUAGCGGCGUUCUCCACACUACCCUAUCUAAGUCAAGAACCACCAGUGUUGCAAAACCCGGAAAGGGUAGUACGCAGCACAGAUCGCGAACGCUUCGAACGCACCUACCAACCAAAUGUAGCACUUGUGCCUCGCAAAUGCAUUUUGACUAAGGACAGAGAGAAGGAGCAGCGUGAAUACAGGGAGCGGGAAAGAGAGCGAGAAGUGGAACGAAUGCGGGAGCGGGAGCAGGAACGGAAACUUGAACGCUCCCGGGAACGUGAGCAGACUCGGGAACGGGAGCAACGGGAACUAGAAAGGGAUCGAAGAGACCGGGAAAUGCAACAACACCGGCAGCAGCAUUUGUUGCAGCAACAAAACCUGCAUCAACAACAACAAACGCUGCAAGAACAUGCGGUGUUAACAAAUUUGUGCGCAACUGAAGUGCAAAUAAAGCAAGAGCGUGCCAAUACACCAAACGAGAUGCUCCAGUCGCCACCCCUUACGAAUGUCAGCGGCGGCGGCGACGAGAACCCUACUGACCGGCGAAGCAACGGGCCGCUCGACGAAGACACCAUAUUGCCAAUGAUAUCACCCAUGUUGAAAAUGAACCAGCAGCAACGAAAAAUGCCAAGCAAUAAUAAUAGUAGCAGCAAUCAUAGCAACAGCAACAGUAGUAGCAACCAUAGCGAUGUGGAGCAGCAGCAACAGCACCAAGUGCAGGAGCAACAGCAAUCACAGUCGCGGCGACACUCACUCUAUACCUCAAACUCCUCCGCUUGCUCAACAUCAUCGACGACAUCGAAUACACCGCCACAGCAACAAUUACUGCCUGCGCAUCUGCCUCCGUCGCAACAGUAUCAACAACAACAACAGCAUCAGAGACAUAUACAGCAUUUGACGCUGCAACCACAGGCGACACGACUUCGACAAUCGCCCCGAACGUACCCGCCUUCGCCGACAGACACACACAGCUCCGAGGAAUUUUCGGGUUCGAAUGAGAUCACUUCAUCCACUUCCCCCGCGCCCUGUAAUGAAAAUAAAUGCAUAAGUCGUGGCCAUGCGCCACACCAUAGUCUUAAUCAGGAAUCAAGCCGAGAGCAAAAAGGUCAGCCGCUCAUCGCAACAGUGAAUCAACAUGCCAAACUUCUCCCGACGCCGAUAUCUGCAACAUUGACUGCCAGCAACAACAACGAAUUGCCAAGCCGAAUUCGCAUAAGCAAAAACCUUAUCAAUCGGGCGAAUAUAAUUAGAUCGCCUACACCUCCGCCACCACUACCUCUAACAUCCACAUUAGCCCAACUGCAUCCGCAACAAGAGCAACACCACCAUCCACAGCAGCAACAACCCCAGCUGCAAGCGUUGCAACAUCACCAACAGCAGUAUGAAUAUUUCAAGCAAAAUCAGCGACUUAUUGAUCAGCAACGUCAACAGCACCAUCACCACCACCAGCAACAACCUCUCUCAUCAAUACAACAGCCAAACCUCAUUAUGCGAACCCAUCAUUCGCAGCAAACGCAGCACUCACCCACGCCCGCACAGUCUUCCACCUCAACUGGACUGAACCUUAGCACCCACUCCACAAAAGCUACGAUGUCAUCGCACACAAUGGAUGCACAAAAUCAUCAGCCGCAACCUCAACAGCCGCCAUCACACAACGGGAUUCCAUACAUCGGCUCCGAAUUUGAACUGUCGACCGACACAGACGAUGACAGCGUGAGUGGGGAGGCGGAUAGCAGCAAUAUUUUGGUACCUUGGGAUAUGGCUGUCGAAGCGUUACGAGACACAAGACCCAAAGAGCGAGAACGCGUUCUCAAUUUUCUGCGGAAACUGUUACAUGAAAAUCAGCAAAUGCGUUACAGCAAUCUGCAACUCAGCGAAAUGAUCUACAAGCGUGAUGCUAUGAUCAGAGACCUCCGAGAUCAGCUGCAAACUUGCCGAAGACACAUGCAGAUGCUCAGCUUACAUCAGGAGAUGCCGGGACCAACGAAUGGAGCGCAUCGCAACGACAGUUUUCAGGAUGAAGAAAUUCAGAAAUCAUUAUCAUCAACGGAGGGUCGAUACUUAGAGAACCAUAGCCAAGCUAAGGUUGGUGCUGAAAUCAAUGGAAAUGAUGUUCACGCAAGGAAUGUAGGUAACGCGACAGAGACCGAUGGAAAGAAAAGCUGCAAGCAGUCAACAAAUGGUCAGCUCACUGAAAGCGAUGAGGAAGGCGAUCGUAAAAGAAGCGAAGACGAUAACGAUAAAAGCAGUGAUGCAGAAAGUGAAGACGAUGUUGCCGACGAUCGACGGAGCGAUGUCGUUAUGCAAGACAGUGUCACUAGCGCUAGAGGUAGUGGAAAUCACUUAAACGAGAGUGAUGCAAUCUCACAACCUUUGGCAAAGCGGUCUAGGGUUGAAAGUGACAGUGAAAGCAGUUCCAGUUUGAAUCAAGAGCCUAAGCCUGCGAGCCACGCAGGUCAGCAGACAUCCCACAAAGUGCAGCAUAAUAAUUCUUUCGAUUCGGAAGAUGAAACGCCAUCGACACACACCGAAAGGAAUACAGAAAUGGAUACGGGCGACGACUAUUCGAAUGCGGAAAAUAAGGAGUACCCAGAGUUAAACGAAAAUAAUGAUCUGAGCGAGGACGAAGAAGAGGCUACCCGCUUUACAGUCACAAAAGAUAGCAGCAGUGAUACAUCUGACGAAGACGGCGAUCAGAACUCGGAGCCCCUAAACCAAACACGUGUGGGCGAGACUGAUGUACAGGCACCUCACAGUAGCGCAUUGGCCACGCCACCAACCGCAACCACACCAUUGUCACCACAUUCUGCCGCAACUGCAGGACAGUUGUUCGAUAGCAGCAAUAGCAGUGACGAAUCGUCCAUGAAGAAAGCGCAAAUGUCAGCAUCCAAUGCACUCGCCAAAAUAACUGAAGCCGCCGAUGAUACCACGGAGCAGGUGGCAAAUCAAAAAGAGAAGGUGAAGUUUGACGAAGUUGAAGACAGCUGCGACGAGGAGGAGGUAGAGGACGGAGAUCAAGGCAUCGGCAGCGUGGAAGUAGAACCCAGUGAAAAUAUUGGAAAUAAAUUCAUCAUCAAUAAAGCUGAAUACUGCUCGCGCAGGGGGCGACAUAUUAUCAAAGCUAACUUACACUCGGGAAAAUCACGUGAAACCCGCAAGGCACUCGAUUGUGAAGAUAACAAACUGAAUGUUAACGUAAAAGCCAACAACACAGCUGGUGUCGAACAGCUAACCCGCGCACCACUGGCUACAAAGGCCAGUAAAAAACAAACGCCAACAACGAAUGUCGAGUUACGGAUCAAAGAGGAACUAAUUUAACCGCUUCAAAGCGUCAAAUGACACACUCGUCGUAUUCAUCGUGCCUACCAUAGAACUCCUUGAACCAGAGAGCAUGCGUAGCUGAAACGCCCAAGAGUACAGUCUAUCUCAUAUAUGUAUGCACAUGUGUAUAUAUGUGCAGUAGGGCGGGACGAUUUGUAGGGGCCCAAAAAAAUUAACAGGGCCACAUCGCGCUUAUGAUUAUUUGGGCAUUUCAAGCAUUUUUGUCCAAGAAACCAUAGGUCUAAAAUGAAUUUCGAGCCAACGAUUUUUUCUAUCUAGUUUUUUUUCAAAAAGUGGCUCAUCUGUUGAAACAACUGUAUUGAAAACUAGCCAAAUGUGUAUCAGGGGGUUUUUGGGGUCGAGGAAUCCAUUUCUGGCCUUAAUUUUUUCUUUUGGGGGCCGCCAGAGGACGCUUCCGUAUUUUUUUUUUAAUUUCAACGCCCUUUUUCAGAAAAUCGACAAUAUUGUUGCGAAAAUCCACGAAAUUUGACUUUCUCAUAAUGCAAUUUAAAUUUUUAAAUAGCCGAAGAUGUUCAGCGUUGAAAAUUUUUUUUAUUUUUAUUUAUUUAAUUUUUUUUUUAUUUUACAUAUUAAACACUGUAUGAAAAUGAAAACGCACAGUAUGAAAACGAAAACGCAUGCUGUCACACAUGUAAUUUGUCAUACAAUAUGUCGAUAAACAGUAUUACCAACAUAAUAUUAAAAAAAAAAUACGUUAUACGUAUUUAAAAACUGAAACA